AUGUAUGGCUGCAAUGGAGGGGGAGGAGACGGUAGCCUGAAGCGCGGUUUCCCCAAUCACCCUCUCCUCACCUCCUCCGGUUCCCCCUUGGCUAGCGCCACCUCCACCGCCGCCCCAGCCUUGCUUGUCGUGGGGACCUACUUUGUACCCUUCCUCCUCCCCAUCCUUCCAAGGAGUUCAUCCUCCGACGACCAUCUCGUCAUCGGCGAGCUCUGCGUAGUGUCACCCUGCGUCCAGGUCGACCUCGAUGCCCUCAAGGGCACUCACCUUGGCAUGUAUGAGCAGCGCAACGUGACGGUGUUAGUUGAGGCAGGAGAAUCAGCAUCAGAGGUAGUGGCGGCGGAGGCCUAUUUCGUGCACACGAGCUACGCGAAGGCCUAG